AUGAAUAUUAUCCUAUUAUUAUUUUCAGGAAUAUAUAUUUUGUUUGGAUUUUGCUCACAGAGUAAGAUUGUGAUGAAGGCCAUUGGAGGGAUGAAUGGAGUAACAUCAUCAAACCCUAAUCCUAGCUUUUCCGCGUCUAUAGAACAUAGUAGUUCCGAGAUUCCAAAACAUGUUGUGGAAAAUAUAAGAAAGCAUAUAGGGUCUCUUCCAAACGGUCCCAUGCCUCGUCUUAGUAUGGCAUAUAGUAAUGUUGUGUACAUGUUCAGCGUGGGAAAGAACCGUUACAUUUAUAAGGAAUUAAAAGACUUCGAUGCUCAGGACGAAAUGAUUAAUAACAUGGUAGCAAGCGAAAGGGUGAUAGUGUCAACUAACAAGUUUCGGAUAGAAAGAUAUUUAGAUUCGGAACAUUCAAUCAUCAAGAGGGAUUUAAAAGAGAUUGCAACAGAACUCCGAAGAUUUCACAAUAUAAAAGCUAGCGGAAUACGGAGUUACAAGGAACUGGUAAACAAUAUGAUGUAUAAGUGCAUCAAAGAAAUACUACCUGGCGAAGAAAAUAAUGCAAACCCUAGAGAUGUAAUAGAGAAGAUAAAAUCUUUAAAUCAAAAGUCCUAUAAAAAAGAUAAGGACCAUAUAGUAAGACUUCUAAUUGAAGUGCAGAAUAGAGUAUUCAGAGUAUCCACUGGAGACUUUGAAUCAGUCACAUGCCAUAAUGACCUCCAACCAGGAAAUAUACUGAUGGUAAAAACAGGUGUAGUUUUUAUCGACUUCGAAUUUGUAGCAAUGGGUUCUCCUGUAAUCGACAUAGCCAACCUGUUUUGCGAGGCAGCUUAUGACUACGAAAACUAUGUAUUUCAGGAAGAGAACUUUCCAAAUACCCAAGAAAGACUGGAAUUUAUAGGAGAAUAUAUGGACAGUAACGAGCAUUUGGAAAAAAUGUUGGAACUGGUGGAGGGAGCAAUGGCGUACAGCCACUUUCUAUGGUAUCUUUGGGCAUUAGGCAAUAGCCGUACAGGUUGUUCCAAGAACUUCGACUAUUCCAGAUAUGGGAACUCACGGCUGCACCAGUUACGUGUUUGUGGGAUCAUAAACCAUGAAGAAUACGAAAUACUUCAGAUAAACAAGUCAGAGCUUGUGAAUAAUACUUCCUGA